GGAUGAUGAUGGACUGAAAAUUAGGUGGGUAUUAUAUAAAAUGCUUCAUCCACGAAAGUUCUUGCCCGAUUCUACUGGCAACCGUCGACGCUGAUGGAUACUUAACCAAAGCCAGAAGAUUAGUGUUUCCAGGCGCGAAGGCAUGCGGUGAGAGUUUUGCUGUGUUCUGUGUGUCUGUGGUUGUGCCAGUGUCUGUGUUUCAUGUCUUGAAGAGUUGUGAUGAAAUAAAUGGGAAAUCAUAUACGUUAAGCAAACUCACUUCUGGAGAGCGAUAUAAUAACCCAACCGGUGUGCGGAUCAAGUUGUGAAAGUUGAGAAUGCAAUAUAUGAAAUACUAACUGCGACGUGAAGAUCGAAACACACAGUCGUUUAAAACUGGACCACAACGCUCAAGUGCUUCGUUAGUGAUUUUGUGAUAAAUUGAACCAACCAUCAUGUGGAAGCUUUCUGGGGCAUUACUGUUCCUGACGGUGCAUCUGGCAUUAGCAAAUCUGGCUGCUGAAAGUACGGUGACUUCAGCAAAGCUUAUCAAUGCUCCACCACCACCGCCGCCCACCUCGCUCGGAAGUCUCUACCGCAGUGCCCGCGAUGACUACAGCUCCAGAAGACACUGCGCCAACUGUGGACCCGGGUACGAGAGAGACAUGCGAAGUUACGGACGCCAGACCGGAGUGACAGGGUACUACAGUGGGAUGGGCGCGAUCGAAGACGAUCGAAACUGGUACUAUCGACCGGAGAGUUUUGAUGAUCGCUACCGAGGUGGAGCGAUGCAGUCCGCUUAUCCUGGAGCGUAUCGGCAACCUGCGUACAUGGGAUACGAGUAUGACCGCUACAUGAGCCGUCCGGACGAUCGAGGGUAUGGUUAUGGAUAUCCCGGUAUGGCUAUGAGGACCGGUUACUAUGAUGGAGGUGCCAGUAGGAUGCCUUACUAUCCGGAGAUGAUGCGCGGCUACGGUUACCGUGGCAAUGGAUACGAUAAUCUGGAUCCCCACUACGACUACUACAUGACGCAGCGUGGCGGUUCCAUCGGCAUGAACAACAGAGAUCGCUACUCCCAAGGCUACUACGAUGAUCGCAUGAGCUACGGUGGACAGUAUGAUCACAAGAAUUUCCGACCGUGGGAUCAAACGUACAGAGGAAUAUCUGGUUUUGAUAAUUCUGGACGUGGUUAUUAUUUUGCAAGUCGUCCCUUGACAUCAUCCUCCUCAUCACUACCACCUUCAUCACCUUCAUCAUCCCUGUCCGCACACGCAUCAUACCACGUUCAAUCACACCCGGCACCGGAACCGAGCUACGGUGCCCAUUCGAGUGGCCACGAAUCAUCUGGCCAUCCACCCGCAAACUAUCGUCCGGGCGGAUCGCAAUACCAUCAGCAACAGCCCCAGCAACAUGGAUCGGACCGACCCGACUACAGACCUUCCGAGCCGACAUCCGACUGUUGCAGGAAUCGCUAUCCAGAAACGGCAUCAUCAUCCCAGGCACAUGCAAGUCAGGGCGGUUCCUCCUAUGCGUCUCACAGCACCAGUGGGCCUAGUGCAUUGAGUUACGGUGGGGGAGACAGUGGUCACAGACCUUCCGGUGCUAGUGGCAGCUGGAACUAUGUGAGCAGCGGCACAACGGCUGGUCACAGUGGUGGUCCGAAUCAUGGUGUCAACAGUGGUCACGUUGGAGUGAGCAUCAACACGCACGGAUCUUACGGAGAAUCGCAUAGUGCGCCGCAAGGACAGUAUGCAGCUGGGGGAAGCAGUAGUUCUCACGAGUAUGGCGCAAAUCGAGGAAAUGAUCAUCGUCGAGAAUCGGAUCACCGUCAGCAAAGCGUUGCCUAUGGUGGACGGCCGCGGCCAUCAUCGCUAGGCGACACCAGCUACUUGAUGGACCGGGAUGAUAAGCCCAACAGCAACCGAGUGCCUUUGGAUCAAGAUCCUGAACGACAAGCUAGCGAGAAGAGCGAUACGCGCACAACUUCAGACAGCGAGCCCUUUACCUCUGACCAGCCAUUGGAGAAGCUGGGCAGCGAUGAAAGUAAUGCCCAAUCGCAGACGCCAAAAAAGCAACCGAAUGCGUAAGCUAUUGGUAGCGACAUGAUGAACGACCCCACAUUACCUUUAAAAAUCUCUUGCCGGAACCGGAAAAGCAGCAAGAGCGUCGUCGUAAAUCUCAGGUCCCUCUCCCCCUCCCCUUCGUAUCGGAUAUCGCUCGUUGACAUACCGUGGGAAGGAAAAGCAGAAUAAUUCAGUUCAAGUCGUUUGCGAGUACAGUCUCGAGCUGGGUGGGUAAAAAAAAAACAGCAACCAUGCGAGACUACCUAUUUCCUCCAGUACGUAAGCUUAUAAAUAACACUUAAUUUAUAAUUCCAAUAAAGCUCUCAAAGAUGA